AUGGAGAGUGAAUAUCAGAAAAACACAAGAAAUGGGUUACCACAAAGGAGAAACACCCCAUCCACACAACUUCAACCUGUUGAUAGGAUAAGCAACCUUCCUGAAAAUAUAAUAGAUGACAUUCUAAUGUGUGUGCCAACACAUGAUGCUGCUGAGGUUCUUUUACAUCACCGAGGACCCAUAACUAAGUUUAGUCUCAUUAUUCCAAAGCUUGAAAGCUGUUCACAUAUUGACCACAUGAUCAAUCUCUUAUCAAAUUCUGGUGUUGAAGAAUUCAUCUUUGAAACUGAACAUGGAUACAGAAUUCCGUCUUCACUAUUUAUGUAUUUACUGCUGAAACAUUUGACACUUUCUGCUGGUUUGAUCAAUCCUCCUCCAACCUUUAAAGGAUUUAAUGGACUAGUUAGGGUGGAAUUGUGUUACGUCAUCAUUCAUGCUGAAGUACUUCAAAGUUUGUUAAGAGUUACUGCUUAUGAGCAUUAUGAGGAUGAUGAAUUCAAUUAUCGAAACUGUACCUUUGUUGGGUUCUUUGAUUCUCUUCCUGCCCUUCAUAAACUGUGCAUGGACUGCCAUUUUAUGCUGGUCAAGUCCAAACGGUGCUUCCAACUGCUUUUAAUCCACCUUAAAAUUCUGAAGUUACUCCAUAUAUAUCUAGAUUCAGAGGAGGAAUUCUCAUGUGUUCUUCGCUUGAUCAGAAGGUCCCCCAACCUUGAAAAAAUGAAGAUUUCCGUUAUUAUGGAUUGGGAAGGUUCUGAUGCAAGCCAUGUUUCAGACUUUCUAAACGUGCAAUACUACUCAGAUGUACUUUUAAAUCAACUUCAAGAAGUGAGGCUCGAAUCCAUUUCUGGCACCGUUUCUGAGAUGACACUCAUUAUGCUUUUAUUGGAGAAAUCACCGAAGCUAAAGAGAAUGGUGAUCGAUCCAGUACAGGAGUGA